UUUUUUUUUUUUUUUAAUUGUUGUCAUACUAGAUUUAAUAUUUCAAAGCUCCUAUUCAAAUAAUAUUUUCAUAAUUUCUACAAGAGAAAUAGUGUUGAUAAACUGGUAACCAAAGAAAUACUACUUGUAACAGUUGCAAUCAAUUAUUUUUAACUUAUCUUUUUAAUUGAUAAUGGAGAAAUUUUAAACAUAGAUCUCUUUCAUUAAACUAGAUGCAUCAAUUGAAUCUGAAUUUAUUUAAUUUAAUUCUAUAAUGUUUAUAUUCUAUUCUAGGAUGGCUCCAACUCCAUGCGUUUUGUGUGGGAAAAGACUAAAGAUACAUCAAAGGAGGCCUGUGAAUCCAUAUCUUAUCCGGUAUCUCAGAAAAACGUUCAUGCUUGAAACUUCAAAAUCUGACUACAUAUGUGGAAAAUGUAGCCGACCGGCAUAUCCUUCUCAGCAUAACCAAAGACCUAUAAUAUCAGCAUGUCCUGUUCCUGUCACAGCAGAAAAGAAUGAUAUUCAACAAUUGCCAAGUCCACCAUCGGUUUCUUUGAGCUUAAAAACAAUUUCAAAAAGUCAUUCAUACUGUUUCAUUUGUAAGAAAGUAGGAUCUAAAUUAAUUGUUGUUCCAUCAAAACUUAGAACAGAAACACUUGUGAAGCAUAAUAUCCUCAUAACAGCUGACAGUAGGUGUUGCCCUGCUCACCUGAAUAAUAAUCGUAAUGGUUUCCAAGCAAAUGUUUUAGAUAACGUAAAAACAUUAGAGUCUGUUUUAUUAAACCGGACUACAAUUGUGAAUGUUAUAAAUAAUGUCAGACAGUGUAUACUUAAUUCAUCGUCUAAUAGAAUGUCAUUUGACAAUAUUGAUACAUUUUCAAAUGACGAUUUGUGCAAUCUUACAGGUUUGAACAAAGAACAGUUCUUAGAUUUAUGCUCUAUUACUGAAGAACAUGUUAGAAAUACGCCAGUUAGAAGCAACAUUACUACACUGGGUAUAUUUAUGUUUAAACUUAAGUCUGGAUUAUCAAACAAAAUUCUUUCAACACUUUUUGAUGUAUCUAAAUCAAGCAUAAGAAGAGCAGUACAUACAAUCAGAAAAGUGCUUGUUUCUGAACUUGUUCCUAAAUAUCUUGGCUUCCAGCACAUAUCAAGAGAAGAAAUUAUAAAAAGCCAUACUCGUUCCCUAUCACAGUCACUACUUGCAGAAAAUGCCAGCCAAGCUAUAAUUGUUUUAGAUGGAACAUACAUAUAUAUUAGAAAAAGUACAAACUUCAAAUUCCAAAGACGUUCUUAUAGUGUACAUAAAGGGCGGCCACUUGUUAAACCUAUGGUAAUAGUCAGCACCACUGGAUACUUUAUUUCCGUAUUAGGACCAUAUCUUGCGGAUUCUAAAAAUAGUGAUUCAGGAAUUUUAAACCAUGCAGUAAGGAAUAACAUAGAGGAAAUCAAAAAUUGGGCUCAGCCAAAUGAUAUAUUUGUUGUUGACCGUGGAUUUCGUGACUCCCUGCAAGUGCUGGAGGAGAUGGGAAUAAAAGCACAAAUGCCAAAGUUCAUGCCGAAAGGUGCCAAACAAUUAACAACCAUGGACGCUAACCACAGUCGGUUAGUAACAAAGGUCAGAUGGGUAGUUGAAGCAUCAAAUGCUCGAAUAAAGAGAUGGAAGUAUCUUGACCAUGUAUUGCCUACCAAUCAAGUUCCGUACAUUGGUGAUUAUGUCCGCAUUAUUUGUGCCACAUGUAACAAAUACCUUUCACCUCUAAAUGCAACCAAAGAUUUGAUGGAUGACACACUUGUAGCAGAGAGAAUGAGAGAUAAAAUCCAGAAUGUUAACCACUUACAAUCGUAUGUUCAAGAAAAUGAACUGUAUAAGCGAAAUAUUUCAAAAUGGCAAGCAGUGCAAGAAAUUGACAAUUUCCCCUCCAUAGAUGAUUUUACUCUUAGUCUUUUGACUCUUGGUACCUACCAAAUGAAACUUUGCCAGUCAUAUGCACAAGAGUACCUUGAUGGAGAUUGUGAUAUUUUGGUGUAUAAAGAAUCAAAAGACUUGUUGAGGGUAAGGCUUCAAAGUCGUCAUGUAUCGUCCAAGUCUUAUUUUGUUUGGAUUCAGUAUGAUUCAGACCAUGUCAAGGCUUGGUACUGCCAGUGCAAGGCUGGUGCACGGACAGUUGGAACAUGUUCACAUGUGGCUGCGGUGAUUUGGUAUCUAGGCACAUCUAGGCAGCAGUCUGACAGGUACGGAGUACAAGACUGGACUCAAUACCUUGAUGAUGCUGCCGAGAUGCCGCAGCCAAUAGAUUCAUCUGACUCGGAAGACAGUAUUGUAGAGGAAUAAUAAGUAAAGGGAAUCAUACCAGUAAUAUUGUCAGACUUGUUAUUUAUAUACAUAACAUUUGUAGAAGUGAUGUAUCCAAUGAUUGUUUCAUUUAAUUAAGUCUGCAAGUGAAAGGUUAUGAAGAUAAAAGACAUUGUUACUUAAUUACUCAUAAAUGAACAUGAAUGUUUUUGUUGCCAUUUUAUGAAUCAUUUUUGUAAUCUGCAUAUUUUCAUUUUAAAGACUGAUUCAUGUAAUCAUAGAUGUGCAGACUUCCUCUUUUUUAAGUGAUAAUGCCCAUAUAGUACAUUGUAUGGUACCCAGAAAUUCCUGUUUGUUUCAAACAUAUUAAAAAAAUGAUGAACAUAUGAAGUUAUAAAAAGGAAUAUGUGUUGACCAUACAUAACAUGCAAUUAUAUUUAUUGUACAAGUAACUAUAAUGGAAAUUAUGUAUUUAUUCUUUUUUACAUUUUGUAUAUUCAAAGCAGAUCUAUUUAUAUGAAACCUUAUUAUCUAAAACUUUAAGAAUGGUUGCUAUGGAGAUUAUGAUUGAAUUUCAUUUCAAAACAUAAUUAUUGAUGUUAAUAUACAUGUAGUUUUUUAUACACUACAUAAAAUAUUGUUAAGGUAAGAUUGUUAAUAGUGGUUGCUACAGAGAUUAUGAUUGAAUUUCAAUUCAAAACAUAAUUAAUAUACAUGUAGUUUCUGUACACUACAUAAACUGUUGUAACAGUUUUCAAUUUAUGAUACCAUUUAGCUAAGAAUAUUAAUAAUUGUUGCUAUAUAGAUUAUAACUGAAUUUCAAUUACAAACAUAAUUAUUUAUGUUGAUAUACAUGUAGUGUUUCUGUACACUACAUAAACUGUUGUUAAGCUAAGAUUGUUAAUAGUGGUUGCUAAAGAGAUUAUGAUUGAAUUUCAAUUGAAAACAUAAUUAUUUAUGUUGAUAUACAUGUAGUGUUUCUGUACACUACAUAAACUGUUGUUAAGCUAGAAUGUUAAUAGUGGUUGCUAGAGAGAUUAUAAUUGAAUUUCAAUUGAAAACAUAAUUAUUUAUGUUGAUAUACAUGUAGUGUUUCUGUACACUACAUAAACUGUUGUUAAGCUAAGAUUGUUAAUAGUGGUUGCUAGAGAGAUUAUGAUUGAAUUUCAAUUGAAAACAUAAUUAUUUAUGUUGAUAUACAUGUAGUGUUUCUGUACACUACAUAAACUGUUGUUAAGCUAAGAUUGUUAAUAGUGGUUGCUAGAGAGAUUAUAAUUGAAUUUUAAUUGAAAACAUAAUUAUUUAUGUUGAUAUACAUGUAGUGUUUAUGUACACCACAUAAACUGUUGUUAAGCUAAGAUUGUUAAUAGUGGUUGCUAGAGAGAUUAUAAUUGAAUUUCAAUUGAAAACAUAAUUAUUUAUGUUGAUAUACAUGUAGUGUUUCUGUACACUACAUAAACUGUUGUUAAGCUAAGAUUGUUAAUAGUGGUUGCUAGAGAGAUUAUAAUUGAAUUUCAAUUGAAAACAUAAUUACUUAUGUUGAUAUACAUGUAGUGUUUCUGUACACUACAUAAACUGUUGUUAAGCUAGAAUGUUAAUAGUGGUUGCUAGAGAGAUUAUAAUUGAAUUUCAAUUCAAAACAUAAUUAUUUACUUUAAUAUACAUGUAGUUUUUUUUUGUACACUGCAAAAACUGACAUUUUCAAUUAAUGAUACAAUUUAGUUAAGCAUGUUAAGAAAAGUUGUUAUGGUGAUUAUCAUUGAAUUUGAAUUCAAAACAUAAUAAUUAAUGUAAUACACAUGUAGUUUUUUUGUACAUUGCAAAAACUGACAUUUUCAAUAUUUGAUACAAUUUACCUAAACAUGAAAAGAAUGGUUGCUGUGGAGAUUAAAAUUGAAUUUCAAUGUGAGAAACUAACAACAUAUUCUUAUCUAAAAAGUUAAGGCAAGUUUUACAAAUAUAUGGAACAAAUGUUAGUCAUUAAAUGAGAAAUAUACAUGCAAUUAAAUAUAGAAAAAGCGAUUUUAAGAAUGUUGUUUAGCGUUGCUAUGGCAACAGGGAUUAUGUAUUUACAUUUAACAUUCUAUAAUUUCAGUACAUGACUAUUUAUGUUGAUAUAGAUUUUGUAUGUUGACAUUUUAAUGCUCAAUAUACUGAAGUUUUCAGUAUAUGAUACCAUUUAGCUAAUUAUUUUUAGAAUGGUUGCUAUGGAGAUUAUAAUUGAAUUUCAUUGUAAGAAACUAACAAAAUAUUUGAUUUUACAAACUUUAAUGCAAGUUUUACAAAUAAAUGAAACAAAUGUUAAUCUUUCAAUCAGAAAUGUACCUAAAUGGAGAAAAAAGAUAAUUUUAAGUAUUCUGUUUUGCGUUGCCAUGGAAACAAAAAUAUAGUUUUGAAAACAAAAAUUUGUAUGUUUUACUUUUAAGCCUU